UGGUGGUGGUGGUAAGAAUAGGAGAAUAUUGCAGACGGACAGGUCGUGUAUGGACGAACAUGUGACCUUGUCAAAAACAAUCAUCUCCAAUUUCUCUCUCCCCCUCCAUGUUUUUCUCUCUUAAAAGUUGAACAAUUUCUCGUUAGAUGAGUAUUGUCCAUUGGCUGUCUCUUUGCCACCGCAAUUUGUGAGUUAAUUCUGUGAUUAAAUACUCUUCCCCACCCUUCCUCCCAAAAAGUCCAGCAUUUUGUUUGUCACUGGGAACCUGCAAGUGCGUAAUUUCAGACAUUGUGAAAGCCCCCUUUGCACCUCAAGAGAUCAAACUACCAAACUUUGAUCAUGAGUGACGCGAUGUCUGGACCAAUUGAACGACCUUACAGGCCAAGCAUGGAAAAGAUUGACCUUGAAAAUGCUGAUGAUGAGAGGAAGACAAGGCUUGGGUCUCUCAAGAAGGCAGCAAUUAGUGCCUCUACCAAGUUCAGGCACUCCUUGACCAAAAAGGGGAGAAGAAACAGCAGAGUCAUGUCUGUUGUGUUCGAGGAUGAGCAUGAUGCAGAGGAACUAAAAGCUGUGGAUGCCUUGCGUCAAGCACUUAUCCUGGAAGAGCUGCUCCCUUCAAAACAUGAUGAUUAUCACAUGUUGCUGAGAUUUUUGAGGGCCAGGAAAUUUGACAUUGAGAAAACAAAGCAAAUGUGGGCUGAUAUGAUCCAGUGGAGGAAGGACUUUGGUGCAGACACAAUCAUGGAGGACUUUGAGUUCAAGGAAAAGAGUGAGGUGCUCAAGUACUAUCCACACGGGCAUCAUGGGGUUGACAAGGAUGGGAGACCUGUUUAUAUUGAAAGACUUGGACAGGUUGAUGCUGUCAAGCUCAUGCAAGUCACGACCAUGGACCGCUAUGUUAAGUAUCAUGUCCAGGAGUUUGAAAGGACCUUUGCUGAUAAGUUCCCAGCCUGCUCUAUUGCAGCCAAGAAGCACAUUGACCAGAGCACUACCAUUCUGGAUGUGCAAGGAGUGGGACUGAAAAACUUCAACAAGUCUGCAAGGGAGCUUAUUCAACGUCUCCAGAAGAUUGAUGGUGACAAUUACCCAGAGACGUUGUGUCGCAUGUACAUCGUCAAUGCUGGCUCCGGAUUUAGGCUUUUGUGGAACACUGUCAAAUCAUUCCUUGACCCCAAGACCACCGCAAAGAUCCAUGUUCUAGGCAACAAAUUCCAGAGCAAACUCCUUGAAGUAAUUGAUGCCAGUGAGCUACCUGAAUUCUUGGGUGGUACAUGCACCUGUGCUGAUAAGGGUGGAUGCAUGCUUUCUGACAAAGGCCCAUGGAACGACGCAGAUGUUAUGAAGAUGGUUCGCAAUGGUGAGCACAAAUGCUCAAACAAAAUCAUCAUCCCAAAUGUUGACGAGAAAACAAUUUCAGAGGACGAGAAUGCCAACUCCAAGAAGAACCAUUCCUUCAAACUAGAAUCUCCCAGGGUCCAAAGGGGACACUCGCAACUCUCCGCCGUUCAGGAGGAGGUUGCAAGCAAGUGCCGCCCCGUCACUGAGCCCGAAAGAUGCAUUCCAGUAAUGGAGAAAACUGUUGAUACGACUUGGCAUAAAAUAUCGAAAAUCGACGACUUUGCCCUUUCAAAAGCCGCGGAUUAUUACCCAGUGCAUCAUCAUGAUGCUUGCAAGGGCAAUGAUGGAUUCAGCAACCAGGUUUUCACUGGGGUAAUGACCUUCGUUAUGGGCAUCGUCACCAUGGUGCGCAUGACGCGCAACAUGCCAAGGAAGAUGACAGAUGCAACCUUCUACUCUAAUGGCUCCAUGUACGGUGUUGAAGCUAUGGUUAAAGGCCACGCUUAUGAACUCCCGGCGCCGGCCAUCUCCAGCGCUGAUUACUUCACCAUGAUGAAGCGCAUGGCUGAGCUGGAGGACAAGAUGUCCGUUCUCGGGAAUAAAUCCCAGACCAUGCCACCUGAGAAAGAGGAAGAACUCAACAAUGCCUUGAGUCGAGUUGACGCCUUGGAGCAAGAGCUUGCAUCAGCCAAAAAGGCACUUGAUGAGGCUCUUCUCCAACAGCAAGAACUCCUAGCCUACAUUGAGAAGAAGAAGAAGAAGAAGAAGUUUUUCGGUUUCUAAGCCUGGAACCAUGAAGUUUGUAUAGGAAGAAGGAUAUAGUGAUUUUUUUUCUCUUCUAAUCUUUCUGGUAAGACUCAAAAAGAGUGUUGAGUGUUAUGCUCCAUAACAAUGUUUGCUUUGUCAAAUUCUUGGAUCAGAGCUUUCUGUAUAUUACACACACAUAUAUAUAUAUAUAUAUUAUUCAAUCACA